AUGCUGCACACAGCUGAUCUUAUCGUCUAUAGUACUCCAUUCACCGACGGCUGCGCAAUCAUGCGCACAAAAACUCAAUGUUUCUAUUUGCGUCUACCUUAUAAUGUAGCAACGAAUCUACUGAAUUGCUCGGCCAUAUUUAUAGCAUUAGAACGUCUCUUUGCCACAUUCAACUACGGCAACUAUGAGGGUGCUUACCGCUAUGUCGGCUAUUGUCUGCUGGCUUCACAGCUGCUUUUGAGUGCAGUUAUCAACGGGAUUAUGUAUUCACAAACGAGACUUGAUUAUAGUCUAGUUUACUACUGUCAAGGAACUUCAACUUCAAAUUACAUGUGGACAAUUUAUCCAUUUGCGUUUUUGCUCGUUCUGCAAUUUGUUUCUGUCAUGAUUUUCGAGACAGCGAGCCGUAAAAACAAGUCACCAGUACGUCUUACCUAUACGCCUUGGCAUUACCUAUUGUAUUGUGGUCUAAGCGCAAAAACGUUCCUGAUCAGAUUCGUUGCGCAGUUCACCGCGAUCGUACCACUGGCGUCAAUCGCAUAUUCGAUGAGCUUCGAUCACAGUGGAAUUGUUGAAAAUGGAAUUAGAGAUAUCGACAUGUAUGAGCUGAAAUCAACAACUCUAUAG